GCACCUAGGCGCUUUCGUAGUUCGUCGUCCCUAUUGUUUUCUAUGUAUAGACAGCUGUCGUUGAUCGUUCAUUUUCAGCUGAUUUUUGUGUACGCUUUGUAGAAGCAUUGGAGAUUCACAAUAAUACCAAAAUAAACCAUUAGAAAAGUGUUUUCGAUUAACUUAGAUAGAAAGUCUCAGAAAGAAGUGUGUUGUUGGCACAAGGGAGAAAGCCUUUAGAAAAGAACAAAGAGUGAUGUUGAAUUGAGUGCGAGUGAAGAGCAGCGGGCGUGACGUCACGCGCGGACGAGGCCGAUGCGGCGGGGAUCGUGACCGGAGGCGCGCGGCGAGCACGCGCAGCCAGCCUGGCCUCCAGUGACUCGGGAGACGAGGGCCAACGGCCGCCGCGCAAGCGCUCGCGGAGGCAGUCGCCACCACCGAACAUGCACCAACCGUGCACGAACGGGGCGCACCUCAACGGGGAUUCUGUGCGAAAUGGGGACCUGGCUCCCGCACUACAGAUGCCCACUACUGACCAAGAAAUUGUGCGACUCAUUGGACAGCACCUGGUCUCUGUUGGACUUGAACGUAGCGCGGCCCUCCUGAUGGAGGAGUCGGGGCUGCACCUGGAACACCCGGCGGCAGCCACCUUUCGACAGCACGUGCUGGCUGGUGACUGGGUCAAGGCCGACCAUGAUCUGCGCGCACUGCACGACCUGUUACGUGACUCCCCGCAUCGUGAUACACACAAUCUCUCCGAGAUGAAGUUCGUGGUGCUAGAGCAAAAGUAUCUAGAGCAUCUCGAGGCAGGGCGCGUGCUGGAUGCGUUGCACGUGCUGCGGAAUGAAUUGACUCCGCUGCAGCACGACACGCCGCGCGUGCACAGAUUGUCCGCGCUUAUGAUGUGUGCAGACGCAGGCGAGCUACGAGCGAGAGCGCAGUGGGCCGGCGGCUCCGCCUCACGGGCUGCAGUGUUGGCCCGCGUGCAGGCCGUCCUUCCGCCAGCGCUCAUGAUGCCCCCCGCCCGCCUUCGUGCGCUCCUCGCUCAGGCGGCCGCCCUACAAUCACAGCGCUGCCGUUUCCACGCCGCCCCGCGACCCUCGCCGGACCAAACCGAUCACAUCCCCUUCUCUCUACUCGCCGACCACCAAUGCUCGGCUGACCAGUUUCCGAUACACUCUUUACAGGUACUAAAUGAGCACUGUGACGAAGUAUGGUACUGCAAGUGGUCUCCAGAUGGAUCCAAAUUGGCAUCAGGUUCUAAGGACCACACUGUCAUGAUAUGGGACUUUGAUCCUGUAGCCAAGAGACUUUCCUUCAGGAAAUCCCUGGAGGGUCACUUGUACGGAGUGUCAUAUCUAUCGUGGAGUCCCGAUGGCCGCUACCUCAUCGCCGUUGGACCAGAAGACUGCCCCGAUUUAUGGAUAUGGAAUAUGGAGACGGAACAGCUUCACUUGAAGAUGACUCACUCCCAAGAGGAUUCACUAACGGCGGUGGCAUGGCACGCGACUUCUGACAAAUUUGUAUGCGGCGGUGCACGCGGCCAGUUCUACCAUUGCACGCUCGAUGGCACUUUGAUAAACAACUGGGAUGGCGUACGUGUAAACGCGCUAGCGUGUCGUGCAGAUGGCGCUGUACUCGCAGCUGAUACUCAUCACCGCGUCAGGGCAUACUAUUUCGCAGACCUUACCGAUAGGAACCUUAUUCAAGAGGAACACGCGGUUAUGGCGAUGACCUUGAAUGCGGCGGACACUCUGCUUUUGCUCAACGUCGCCAACCAGGGCGUGCAUCUUUGGGACGUCCGUGCGCGUGCGCUGGUACGUCGAUUCCGUGGUCUGUCCCAGGGCCACUUUACCAUCCACGCCUGCUUUGGCGGAGCUCACCAGGACUUCGUCGCCUCUGGCAGUGAAGACAAUAAAGUUUACAUCUGGCAGAUAGAACACGAAGAACCGGUAGCGGUACUUGCAGGUCACACACGCUGCGUCAACGCCGUGGCUUGGAACCCUGUUCACCACGACGUGCUGGUGUCAGCUUCUGACGACUACUCACUGCGCCUAUGGGGACCACGACCUCACUAAUGCAUCAGUCGCGUAUUCUGGCUAUUCCCCGUGAUACCUUUAUCAUUAUUAUGACAAUUUACAAUAAUGAAUUGUUUGUUUAAAUCUAAUACUGUGUGGAUAUUUAAAUAUAUUUGAAGCCGCAUAGCCCUAGGCAGGAAUCUAUGAAUAUAUGUCCUUUCCAAAAUGGAUGGAGCACUAUUUCCGAAAUAUAUAAAAUUUAUCAAAUUAUAAAUGUGCUCCAUGCUUUGCUGUCUAUUUAUACAGUAAGCAAAAAUAAUCUAUGAACUUUUUUUCAUGUGCAUCUGCACAAGAAAAAGUUACAUCGAGGAUAAUAGCAAUCUUUAUUAUUGAAUGUAAAGUCAAAAAAUAUAUAAGCAACAAUACAAAAAUUAUUUAUUUUAUAUUUUAAAAGUUUAAAAUGAUUAAAUGCAAUCAAAAAUUCUAGUGUCAAGUGCAAUACUUCUUAAAAAAACACUUAUUUUUUACUUUCACACAUAUAACAUUUGCACUAUUAAUUGGAUCUUCGUAGGUCAUCCCUAUAAACAUAAUCAAGAAACGUUUUAAAAGCCGAAUUUUAUCUUAAUAAAAUGUGAUUAUAAUGUCAAAGGUUCACAGAGUGAAAAGGUUAUAAAUUGUGUUCGUUAACAAAAUUUUACUAUCAUGUCGAAAUUUUUAAAAUAGUGAUCGGUUACAUUUCAAUACGAAACUUUCACUAUAAUCUGUAUUGGGAUUGUCGCAAAGGGUAAGGGAAUGCAUCACGUGGCAACAUCGAAGAAUAACCUUACAAAAUUUUUUUGAAUUGUUCCUACAUUAUGUAGGCAACAUUUAUGACGUCAUCAGUUGCUUCGUGUUGCCCUAUUAUAUCUAGAUUAUAAUUAGAUUGGUAAAGAAAUUAGAUUUAUUUAAGUUAAAAGUGUGGCGUAACAAAAUUAGAUGUAUUUUAUAAAGACUGUAAUUUGGCACAAUAAUUGAUUGCGGCUUAUUGUUGGCUAUUGAUCGUGUGGUUAAUAAAAUAAAAAUUAAAUAUCUAUUGAA